GUUUUACAAUGAGGAAAUGUGCAAUCUUGAGGCUUUUUGUUUUGACCAUAAAUUACUCCAUGAGUCUACGUUACCAUUUUGGGUGAAUUGAUGUGUCGGGAUGUGGUCAUGUGUUCAUUUGAUGUUGUCAUAAAACCUGACCCAAACCAAGAAAAUGUUGACAUAUUUACGAUAUCUAUGGACCAUUCUCUGCUAAAGAAUUUCCUAUAAAUAUGGUCUCUGCUAAAACUUGCAAGUAACUAUCUACAUACUCGCAAACUCUAAUAUUAUCUUCCUUGAUUCUCUGCCAUACAUUUCCUUCUUAUUAAAAACUUCAGAAUUUUCAUACCCAACAACCAAAAACGAGAAAACAUGAGUUUGGAUCUCUUGCCUGAAGAUUGUUUUGCCCACAUUAUAUCUUUAACUUCACCUGGCGAUGCAUGCCGUUUGUCUUCAGUCUCAUUGUCAGUCCAUUCAAUAGCCAAUUUGGAUAGUCUGUGGGUGAGAUUUUUGCCUUCAGAUUACAGACAAAUUCUUUCAAGAUUGGUUCACCCUGUAGUGUUCUCUUCCAACAAAGAGUUAUUCAUGAGGUUGUGCUGUCCACGCCUAAUUGAUGGUGGUAGGAAGAUUUUCUCUCUGCAAAAAUCAACAUGUAAGAAAUGUUACUUGUUGAGUGCAAGGGAACUUUCAAUUACCUGGUCCAGCUAUCCUCUUUACUGGACAUGGAAACCACUUGUUGAAUCAAGAUUUGCUGAAGUUGCUGAACUCAGAACCAUUUGCUGGCUAGAGAUUAGUAGCACUGUGAACACGCAGAUGCUAUCCCCCAAAACAUUUUAUGGGGCUUAUCUCAUAGUCAAGUUUGCGGAACGUGCAUAUGGAUUAGACACUUUCCCUUCUGAGGUUUCAGUUCAAGUUGGCAAUAUCAGAUCACAAGGUCAAGUUUACUUGAGCCGGAAUGAAAGAAAAAAACAACUUCCUAAACAAUUAUUUGGUUUGAACCAGGUAGAAGCUUUCAGAACAAGGAUGUUUCAAGGAGAGAAGGAAGCCCUUUUCGAACGCAAAGAUGGUUGGGUAGAGAUUGAAUUAGGAAGCUUUUACAAUGAUGGGAAUGAUAAAGAGGUAAAUAUGAGCCUAAAGGAAGUGAAAGGUCAGCACCUGAAAGGUGGUAUCAUUGUUGAGGGAAUUGAACUGCGGCCUAAAGAUUGAUGCAGUUUGGAGAAUUUGAGCUUUUUUCACCAUCUAGUGAUUUUCUGUUCAUUUUUCCAUUCAAAGAUAUUGUUCAAAUCCACAAAAAAGCUAAUUAUCAUGAUUUUAAGCUAAAUCUUUUCCUGUAAAGCUUUAUACUUUAUGGUAAUAGCAAGGAAAGUGAUUUGAUAUCCAGUAUUUACCAACUCUAAAUGGAAGUUAGAAUUCAUCAAGAACUCAUAUAAUAGACAAUGGCCAAAACUGAUCAGGGAAGUCAGAAAAAGCAAAAGUCCAAUGAAGGCCCUGACGAAAGUCACCACCAACCAUGCCAUAUCAAAUUUACCAAAAAAAAGAUUUUCUAUCAAAAAAGAAAAAGAAAAAAAAAAUCUUUAAAACUUACAGGAAAAAAAAAAGAAAAGAAAAAAAAAAGGACAAGAAUAAA